UCUCACAGGAUUUUCUCUAUAUAAAUCGGUGCUAGUUCGACGUGAUUAAAAUUGUUGCAUCGACGCGAGUCUUGAUCGUCGCGAAAAUCUCGCGAUACCGUCGAAGCGAAGCACGCGUUCUCCACAUUGCAAAAAUAGGUUAUCUUUCUACGCCGCGUUUCACUCCGUACUUUCGUCCUGACAGGCAACUGGUACAACACGUUCUGCUGGUGUAGCGUUACGAGAGAGAGAAGAAAAAGGAAGUGCAUAGGUAGUUGUUCAGUGGUGUUCGAGAGAUAAGUUCUGCUCUGUUCGCGACCGCGUGGCUCAAACAACCACCGAAAACCGUGGACGUGGUGUGCUGGUUGCAACGCGGCACCAUCGACAUCCAAGAAGAGGGAAUUCAACUGUCCUUUAAACGGGUGGCGAUCUUUAAAACACGACGCGGAAACAUUGAUAAACGUGCAUAACAGAUUUCAUGGCGUGAACUCUUGUCGGAACCUAGGAAACGCGGGGUAGGAGGAUGACAGUGUGCUUGGGGCAGAUCAAGACUGUCUGCAAAAAGCUCAUUAAAAAAAACCUCGAUGUUUCUACAAAUUGAAACUUUGUUCAUUAUACGAUCGAUGUUAAAUAAUGCUUUUAAACAUUCGUAACUCUAUCGUGUUUGUGUUAAGCUGUGAUGUCGUGCAGUGUGAUUUAAAGACAGUGUAUGUGCCAUUCCUUUCUUAUGCAAGACAUUGGCCAUGGUUGAUGCCUUGGCAUUUUCAUGAGAAUCGUAGAAAUUUAGGACCUCCUUAAACAAAAAGUUGGCUUUUGGUUAAGUUUUUCAUAUAGUAGCCUGUGGAAAUUUAUUGCAAUCAUGACAGAUAUUAAUAUUCAGGAUUUACAAAAUCUUCUUAUAUACUUCUCAAAGAACACUUACCGAGCUAAGGAUGCAGAUAAUACAAGCCAAACAAUUAUGCAAAGAUGUCUGCUACUCACCGACUUAGAUUAUACUCACGCUGUAAUAAACAAUAACGGAGGUGAUCUCAGUGCACAUUAUCCUAGCCAUCUCGUCAUUCUAGAAAAUGAGAAGUCUAAUAAAAAUCCAAACAUUAGCGAUACACCGCCACCACUGCCACGCACAACAGAAACUAUAUACGAAACCAUGUACGACCCCAAUAAACUGAAGGAAUUGAUAAAAAGCGCUAGAUUUGCCAGGUGUCGUUCAAGAUUUCCACUGCCAGUAAUAAUGUAUAAAGGAAGACAUGUCUGCAGAUCGGCUACAUUAUCCGGCGGACCUGAAAUUUAUGGUAGAUCCGGAUUAGAUUAUUUAUUUGCGGGUAGCGAAGGAAUAGUCUCUAUUCAGCAACAAGUAGACGAAGCACGAGGGAGUGACUCUGUACUUAGCGAAUGGCAACUGUUUGAUAAAGUCAGGCAUCAAGAUAUCAAACUUCUGAAAACGCUUAAUGUCGGAACUAUCAUCGAUUUUAUGGUUGAGAAGAAGAAGGUCAAGUUUGGAAUGAAUGUGACCUCUUCGGAGAAAGUAGACAAAGAGAAGAGGUAUUCGAACUUCACCAUAAUUUCACUGCCAUAUCCUGGAUGUGAAUUCUUCAAAGAGUUUAGAGAGAACGAUUAUCUGGCUAAAGGAUUAGUAUUCGAUUGGUCUCAGACUCACGUGGACGCGCAGAUAGGAGUGCCUGAUGAUUCAAUUUCCACUCAAUUACGGAUCAGUUGGGAACAAUACCAAGUCUGGGAUCUAGUCCUGCUAACUCAAAAUUAUUUAAAACUGAUAUUAAGAUAUUUGAGCGAGAGUAGUAAUGGAAUAUUGAUACAUUGUAUUUCAGGAUGGGAUCGCACACCGUUAUUUAUUUCGUUAUUAAGAAUAAGUUUAUGGGCUGAUGGUGCAAUACACGCGUCCCUGAACGCGUAUCAAAUUCUUUACUACACAAUAGCGUAUGAUUGGAUGUUAUUCGGUCAUGACUUGGAAGACCGACUGAGCAAAGGGGAAGAGAUAUUUUUCUUCUGUUUCUAUUUUUUGAAGCACAUCAGCGACGAUGAGUUCAGUAUUCAUCCGCGUCACAAUAGGUCCCGGCAUACGGUUUUACGUAACGAUAGUGACUCACAGUUAGACAAUGUUAUGUUCGAUAGUGAAUCGGUAGUGACGUUGAGUUCGGUCAGUUCCAACUUAAGUCUGAAUAGUUGGUGUAGCUCUGUUAGUCAGAACAGCAGGGAUAGUCAAGAUAAUAAUCCACCAGCGGUGUUUCAUUGUGCUUCCACGGAGAGUCAAGAAGAUAGUCAUAGUAAUGGGAACGUUGUACCAUGGACCUUUUACCCCUCCCCGAACAAGGAGGGCGUCGCUCAUGGAUCACGGUCCCCUCUUCCACCGAAUAGAACUUCUCCCGUAGCGGUUCCUGUACCUGGACGUCUUCGACAACGAAACGAAUCUUCGUCGUCUGGUGGCUCCUGGCAGAUGAUAUCUGGGACUGGCAGUUUACGCGGUUCCACAACUGCUAACGCUCCCAUCGCAGAUGGACUAACGUCUUCUGGUUUAGCUUGCAGAUCUCAAUGCGAAACAUGUACGGGACACGGGUCUCAAGAAUCGAGUACCACGAUCAUCGAAGACGAAGCGUGCGCGUUAUUAGCACAAUCUCGCAGAGAGAAGUUACAGUGUUUAAGAAAAAUAUUUUAUAACGCUUACAGCCAUACUGUCGGAUUUCGAAUGAAAGAUAACUCCGAAUCGAGCGCCUUCGGCCAGCUACUCGGUAAUUUCGCCGAAAAAGUAGGAAUUCUUUCUACUCAACGCACAUCGUUGUGACUGUAAAACAUCAUUGAUUUCGCCACGAUCAUCGAUUCGUUGUUAUUGAUUCCUUGAUUCAAUUCAGAAUUUUAUAUGACGCUUUUCAUUAAGAAUGAAACAGUUGUACAUUAUCGUUUAUGUGAAUAACACAUUGUUAUACAAGAAAAUGCGUAUUGUACGCUCGAUAUGAAUAAAAACUUGAUAUUUUUGUA